GGUCUAGCUGUCGCUCGGUGCACCAAAUCCAACUUUCUCGCCGCCAUUUGCCACCACUUCUUUCAACUAUCUUCCGAUUAAAUGUGAACGUCGAUUUCUGCCGCUGCUGUGUGCUUUACUUGAAACGUUUUGGCUCUGAGGUGGCCGCAGUGCUGCGCCGUCCUGCCCCUCCCCUCCUACUGAUGUCUAUCAUUCUGUUGGCGAUGGCGUGGCACCUUGGUCGUUGUUGCCUACUGAGGAUCUCGUUCAUCACCUACGCAAGAUCAAGCUUGCCACCUUAUGUGACUUUAUCCACGGACUGCCUUUGCUCGACCGGCCAGUGCUACAUACUCGCUCUCACUCCAAGACGUCUAACGUUUUGGUCUGCCACAUCCGCGCUUGCAUUUAUACCUGCAACUUUGCUAACCUCGGAAUUCGUUACAUGCAUAUUGGAGUUUGAGUAUGGGUUCGCUGUUGUUCAAGCAUUGUCCCAUGAUUCGUUGACUCUGUCUGAGCAUCGCAAACCUAUCCGCCGUGAAAGUUGACUUCAGUUAGAAGUCAGUGGGAUACGGCUCCAGGUGGGGAUG